UCCGCGGUGACGUGUAGCAGUGCUGAGUCCGGAAGAGCGCGAGCGGCUCCGCAGCGCGAGGUAAACAGUAUAGAUAAUUUAUCGGUUAUUGAUUAAUCUGCGGGUUUAAUCCGCGCGAGGACCGAGCUCUCACACUCAGCCAUGGCCCGGGUAUCGCUGCUGCUGCUCCCGGUCCUUCUGUCCGUAACCCAGGCCCGGAUACACCGACUCUUCCUGCGCAACGAGACUCGGUUUGUGGUUCAUCUGAACACGUUUGGUUAUUUUGUUAAUGGAACUCUGGAGGUUAAACUGGUUUCCCUCCAGCUCCCAGCAGAGGGCAGCACUGACUCCUCCACAGUGGGCUUCAGUCUGGCUCGGUCUCGAGUGAAUGGAGUUCUUUCUUAUACAGCGGAGGACACAGAGACGUGCACUCUAUUAAAAUCCAAAAGUGACGAUACACUCAUUCUGUUCACCAUCGACCCACACACCCGCAGUGUGGAGGUAAAGUCGUUUAAUGAGAAGGACAGCACCUUAACAGGUUACAAGGAAAAAACGCAGGGAAAGGAAGCAGGAAAAGGUGAAGCAGGAAAAGGUGAAGCAGGAAAAGGUGAAGCAGGAAAAGGUGAAGCAGGAAAAGACGAAGCAGGAAAAGACGAAGCAGGAAAAGGCGAAGCAGGAAAAGGCGAAGCAGGAAAAGGCGAAGCAGGAAAAGGCGAAGCAGGAAAAGGUGAAGCAGGAAAAGGUGAAGCAGGAAAAGACGAAGCAGGAAAAGGUGAAGCAGGAAAAGACGAAGCAGGAAAAGACGCUGGUAAAGAGGUGAAGGAGAAGAGUGUGGAGACGGAAGUCGUCAGUGUGACGGGGAAGGAGAUGUAUGGACUGAAGCUGGCUUUGAUUAAGUUCAAAGAAAACUCCUACAACUUCACAUUUAACAUCACUAUCGGAGCUGAAGAUCAGGGGCUCUACAACCUGAACUUCCACAACUGCCGCAACAUGAGACCCGGCGUCCUCAGCCCGUACUCUCUCAACGUGGAGAUAGUGGAGAAGAACCCGGCUGGUUUUCUCUCGGCUGCUGAGAUCCCGCUGCCUCGUCUCUACAUCAGCAUGGCGGCCAUGUUUCUCACCGCUGCUGUAGUGUGGACGUACACCCUGCUCAAACACCGGUACAGUGUGUUUAAAAUCCACUGGCUGAUGGCAGCGCUGGCUUACACCAAAACCAUAUCUCUGGUGUUCCACAGUAUUAAUUAUCACUUCAUCAAUAAAGAGGGUCAUCCGAUCGAAGGCUGGGCGGUGAUGUACUACAUAACUCACCUACUGAAGGGGGCGCUGCUGUUCAUCACUCUGGCUCUAAUAGGAACCGGAUUCGCCUUCGUGAAGUACAUCCUCUCCGACAAAGAGAAGAAGAUCUUCAUGAUCGUCAUUCCUCUGCAGGUUCUGGCUAACGUGGCGUAUAUCAUCAUCGAGGAGACGGAGGAGGCGUCGAGCGAGUACGCUCUGUGGAGGGAGAUCCUGUUCCUGGUGGAUCUGAUCUGCUGUGGAGCCAUCCUCUUCCCCGUCGUCUGGUCUAUUCGACACCUGCAGGAGGCUUCCACCACUGACGGCAAAGCUGCAAUUAAUCUGGAGAAGCUGAAGCUGUUUAGGCAUUACUAUGUGAUGAUUGUGUGUUAUAUCUACUUCACCAGGAUUAUUGCCAUCCUGCUGAAGGUCACAGUGCCCUUCCAGUGGCAGUGGUGUCAGGAGUUUCUGAUCGAGGUCUCGACGCUGGUGUUCUUCGUGUUGACGGGCUUUAAGUUCCGGCCGGCGUCCAACAACCCGUACCUGCAGCUUCCUCAGGACGAGGAGGACCUGGAGAUGGACGAAGUGGUUACGGAGUCGGGGGCGCUGGAGGGAAUCUCGAAGGUCAAGAAGACGUCGAAUGGCCGAGAGCGACAGAGAGACCCCGCCUUGUGAUUGUGAUGUCACUGUGGGGGAGGGGCGGAGCUUGGACUUUUAAACCCCGCCCCCUUUUUCUUUAAUCGCCAUUCCGCCUGUGGGAGCUUACUCAGCGACCCUGGCCUGAGCUAUGCAAGAGGAGAAGAGGCGAGAACGGUUUCGGAGUUUCCGAACAGUUGCUGAGCUUUCUGUACGACGAAGUGUGUGUGUGUGUGUGUGUGUGUGUGUGUGUGUGUGUGUGUGUGUGUGUUAAGGACUGUUUAUUUGUUGAGAUAGGCCUUCACUCAGAUCUGAAGGGCUUCUUCUUUCAUAUCUUCUCCUGAUUCCUCCUCAAAGCAUCACCCAGAGUUCCCAGCAUUCCUUGCGCUUCGUUCACACAGUAAACGUACGAUUAUCCCAAAUUCGAUUUCUCUUUUAGUCUGUUCACACUGUAAUAUAUUUAAUGUGAUUUAUUUCUGACAGUCUGAACAGUUUACGCUCCUAAACUGAAGCUCAUACGCUAAAGAGCAGCAUUCGCUUCACGUGAAGUUUCGGUUUUAUUUUCUCCAGCAUCUCAGGAGCUAGUUUACGAUCUUUAUUUGGACACGCCCACUUUUUGUUUUCCUGUUUUUGCCGUUUCUUUAAACGUAAUUUUUUUAAGCUUUUUAUAUUUUUCUUUGACGCUGCAGAAGCUACAAUGUGGUUACGAUAUGAGACUUCUAAUAUUAUUUGCCUUUAUUUUGAAAGGGGUUAUAUAUGAUGCAGAUGUGUUGUAUGAGUGUGGCAGUGUGAACAGAAAAAAAAACAUACUGAAUCUGAUUUUUUCAAUCCCGAUUUGGUCCAAAUGUGGUACUGAUAUUGUUUAUAUAUAUUUCCAAUACGUUAAUUUCAUCAGAUUUUAUGCAGCUUUUACAUUUCACUUACUAAUGUAAAAGAAGAACUCAAAAGUGGGUGUAAAUGGGUGUAAACAACCCAUUUUUCAUAUUUAGAUUCAUAUUCUUAGCUUUAAAAUUUUGGUCCCCAUUUUUAAAACCCACUUUGUCGGUAAUGUGACUCCUCAGUCUGAAGGUCCACAACAGUUGAUUUCAUGAGACGUUUACGUGAAGCAGAAGAGGAAAAAAAGCCUGAAGCACUGAAAUUAACAUUUCUAGUCAAAAUUACCAAAAAAAAAUUUUUGGUCAAAAAAUUUGAUGUUAUAAAUUAUUUAAUAUUUUUACUAAUUUAAACAAAAACGUUUUUUAAUGAAGUGAUCAUUGAAAACAGAACUGAAACUUAAAAAAAAAAACUUUUGUUGUUUUUACUGUUCACAUUGCCACGGAAAAACACAUCUGCAACCAAAAAAAUGUAACCAAAAAUAUCAUUUUUGGCCACUUUAUUUUUUUCACACUGCUGUGUGAACGCAGCCAUAGUCCUUUCCACUGAUUCUUUUUUUCUUGCUCUCUUUUUUAUCUGAGGGCAGUGGAGCUCCAAAGAUGUACAAUCGUUUGUAGAAAAUCUACUUUUUGUUUGGUUUUGUUGUUAAUUCAGUCUAUUUUUUUCUUCUUCUUUAUUAUUUAAUAUCUUCUGUAAAGCGCUAACAAACUUUUAUCUGAUUUUGUCUGAUAGCUGAUGUCCUUAACCCAUCCUUUAUCAGGAAGAGUUGAGGUGUACGAUUUGUUUUGGAACUCGAUUCUUUACUAAAUCCAACCUUAUCAGUUACAACCAAAAAAUAAAAUUACAUAAAAUUACAUCCACAGUGCACAAACAGCUGGUCUGAAGUCUGGAUUAGAGCCGGUUUAACUGUUUACCUGGGAGUUAAAGAAAGUAUUGAACCUAUUUUUACAGGUUUUCAGAAAAAAUGUUAAUGACAAAUACAGUACCAGUCAAAAGUUUGGACACACCUUAAAUUCAGUGUUUUUUUAUUAUUAUUAUUAUUAUUUUAAAUUGUUCUACAUUAUAGAUUAAUACUGAACUAAUCCAAACUAUGAAGAAAAAUAUAUAGAAUUAUUUAGUAAACAAAAAAGUGUUAAACAAGCUAGAAUAUGUUUUAGAUUUUAGAUUCUUCAGAAUAGCUCUUGCUUUUUCUUGGCUGGAUUUUCUCAGUCAGUUUUAUGAGGUAGAGUCUCCUGGAAUUCAGGCUUUCAGUUAACAGCUGUGCUGAACUCAUCAAGAGUUAAUUACUAGAAUGUCUUAAAAAACUUAAAUCGUUAAAUUAUUAAAAUUUCUUUAAUGUUUCCUCAAAUUAAGUGACUGCAAAAACCAUCAAAAAAUAUUAAUAUGAUGGAACUGGCACUCAUCAGGAUCACCUCAGGAAAGGAAGAACAAGAGUUUAAGUGCUUGUUCACAGAGUAUUUUAGUUUGUUUAACACUGUUUUUAAGUUACUACAUGAUUCCUUAUGUGUUCCUUCAUAAUCUGAUAGAUCACUUCACUAUUCAUUUACUAUGUAGAAAAAUUAUAUAAAAUUAAAAACAUUACAGGAAAAGGUGUGUCCAAACUUUUACAGACCUUUUCUCCUGCCUAUUGUUUAUAGUUUCUUCUAAAAUCAGCUGCUGGUAAACUUUCUACAGAGCUGGAAACUUUAAAAUGGUAAAUGUGUUUGACCAACUAGACCAUGAUGACCCUGAUGUGAUAUAAUUACUUAAAUAAACAAAUAAAUGAA